GUGGGGUUCUCGAGCAGCAGCCGCGUCUACACGAUGGACGCAACAAUUCCACUCUUUCAUGAAUUGAUUUCCAACCAAAACCCAGAGAGGGUCCAAUCACUGCGCUAACCCUGCCGAAUCCUCCUUGACAUCCCCCCCCCCCCCCCCUCCCAAAAUAAGGAAUACACGCUUGGCGCAGUUAUCACCGAACAUGCGCUAAUCUGCUAUCAACACCUUCGCCUUCUACGGUACCCGUGGUGCAGUUCGGCGCAGAUAAGAACCCCGUGCGGUGGCGCGUGAAGCAUCAAUCCCGCGUGGGAAACCUCUACCACGGAGGACGGAAAAGGGGGUAGGAAACAAACCCCUCCCCAAGUUGCAGACUUUUCAUCUCCACUUCUUUCAUUGUGGAUUUCCUCGUGGAUUUUACGCGCAAACCGGGAUCCUUCCACUGAAGAUCAUCGCGUGUGGGUCACUUUGCGGGUGGACCUCGCCGAAAGCCCCGCGAGCGAGGAGGAAGCCAACCGUGGGAAUUCUCCUUAAAGCCCGCAGAGCUAAGCGGGCCCGAAGGCUCUGACACAUGGCGAAUUCUCGACCCGGGGGACACUGAAGAUUAAAACGUGCGAUUGCGGGCGACACCUUCGAGAUUCUCGAGAGUGUACGAGGGAUCGAAAGAGGUCAUCUUCCACCUUUUGUUCUUCCCGAUGUCCUGAGUGCAGGAUCUCCACAGACAAGACAAUUUGGACGAUGGAGUGAGGGAGUGGAGGAUUACAGCUCUGUGAAAGAGCCAAGCUCAUAUUGGACAUUAAGUGACUGUCAGAGAGAGACAUGAGAGGAAGCCUUUCUCGUGCCAGCUGCUUGGAGAGCAAUUAACCCUCCGGCCAGCAACAGCGACUACCUGGCUUCCAUUUUCUUGAUUACGGCAGUUCGCUUGUACUAGCUGCGGUCAUGUUUCACCCGCCGCCUAGCAGACCGGACGGAAGCGGCUGCCAGCGACAUGGCGUCGUUCUACUCCUGCUCCUGCUGGACAGCUCCCUCAAGGCAGCGCAAGCGGCCAAACCCAAAGGCCCGGGUCACACCCACCUGAACUCCAUCCGCAUAGACGGGGAUAUCUCCUUAGGGGGGCUCUUUCCGGUUCACGCCAGGGGCCACGAGGGCAAGCCGUGUGGGGAGCUCAAGAAAGAGAAGGGGAUACAUCGCUUGGAGGCCAUGCUCUUUGCAUUGGACCGCAUCAACAACGAUAACAACCUGCUGCCUAACAUCACUCUGGGUGCCAGGAUCCUGGACACUUGCUCAAGAGACACGCACGCCUUGGAGCAGUCGCUCACAUUUGUGCAGGCCCUGAUCGAGAAGGACGGGACUGAUGUCAAGUGUCUGGGCGGCGGGGCGCCUAUUAUCACCAAACCAGAAAGGGUGGUGGGCGUCAUUGGAGCUUCGUCUAGUUCGGUUUCCAUCAUGGUGGCAAACAUUCUGAGGCUCUUCAAGAUCCCACAGGUGAGCUACGCCUCCACGGCUCCGGAACUGAGCGACAACACCCGCUACGACUUCUUUUCCCGAGUGGUGCCGCCAGACACGUACCAGGCGCAGGCCAUGGUGGAUAUCGUCAAAGCCAUGCGCUGGAACUACGUCUCCACCGUAGCCUCGGAGGGAAACUACGGAGAAAGCGGAGUCGAAGCGUUCAUCCAGAAGACUCGGGAGGAUGGAGGAGUGUGCGUUGCCCAGUCGGAGAAGAUUCCCAGGGAGCCUAAACCGGGCGAAUUCGACAAGGUCAUCCGACGCCUUCGCGAUAAUCCCAACGCGAGGGUCGUCAUCAUUUUUGCCAACGAAGAUGACAUUAAACGGCUGCUACACGCUGCUAAAAAGGCCAACCAGACGGGUCAUUUCAUCUGGGUGGGCUCCGACAGCUGGGGCUCCAAGAUCUCACCGGUCCUGCACCAAGAGGAGGUCGCCGAAGGGGCGGUCACCAUCUUGCCCAAGCGCCAGUCCAUAAAGGGUUUUGAUCGCUACUUCAUCAGCCGUACGCUAGAGAACAACAGACGCAACAUCUGGUUCGCAGAAUUCUGGGAGAACAACUUCAGUUGCAAGUUGAGCCGACAUGCCCUCAAGAAAGGUUCCGGGCUUAAGAAAUGCACAAACCAGGAGCGGAUCGGAAAAGACUCCAACUACGAGCAGGAAGGCAAGGUGCAGUUUGUGAUCGACGCCGUCUACGCCAUGGCCCACGCGCUGCACAACAUGCACCAGGAGCUGUGCCCGGGCAAAGUGGGCCUCUGCGCCAAGAUGGACCCCAUCAACGGCACGCACCUACUCAAGCACAUACGUCGUCUCAACUUUAAAGGUAUCGCAGGAAACCCAGUGCUCUUCAACGAAAACGGCGACGCCCCUGGACGCUACGAGAUCUACCAGUACCAGAUCCGAAACUUCACGGCGGAGUACAAGAUCAUCGGCCAUUGGACGGAUCAACUUCAUCUCAAUGUGCGUUCCAUGCAGUGGCCCGGCGCUGUCCGCCAGAUCCCGUCAUCCAUUUGCAGCCAGGCCUGCCGCGCUGGAGAGCGUAAAAAGAUCGUGAAAGGAAUCCAGUGUUGCUGGCACUGCGAGCGAUGUGACGGCUACCAGUACCAGGCGGACACGUUCACCUGCAAGAUGUGCCGCUUCGACAUGCGGCCCAACCAAAACCACACGGGCUGCGUUUCCAUCCCUAUCAUCAAGGUGGAGUGGAGCUCACCCUGGGCGGUGAUCCCUGUGCUUAUCGCAGUGGUGGGCAUCAUGGCCACCCUGUUUGUGGUGGUCACCUUUGUGCGCUACAACGACACGCCCAUCGUGAAGGCCUCUGGACGGGAGCUCAGUUACGUGCUGCUUACAGGCAUCUUCCUGUGUUAUGCCACUACCUUCUUGAUGAUCUCCACACCGGAUGUUGGGAUCUGCUCCCUUCGGCGAAUCUUUUUGGGCCUGGGCAUGAGCAUCAGCUACGCCGCUCUGCUCACCAAAACCAACCGCAUAUACCGCAUCUUCGAUCAGGGCACCAUGACCUUAAGCGCGCCCCGCUUCAUCUCGCCGGCUUCUCAGCUUAUCAUCACGUUCACGCUGGCGUCAGUGCAGCUGCUCGGCGUCUGCAUCUGGUUCGGCGUGGAUCCCUCCAAGGCUAUCAUCGAUUAUGAGGAUCAGAGGACGUCUAAUCCGGCGAUGGCCCGCGGCGUGCUCAAGUGCGACAUCUCCGACCUUUCCCUCAUCUGUUUACUGGGUUACAGCAUGCUGCUCAUGGUCACCUGUACCGUGUACGCCAUUAAGACCAGAGGGGUGCCAGAGACCUUCAAUGAGGCCAAGCCCAUCGGUUUUACCAUGUACACCACUUGCAUUAUCUGGCUGGCGUUCAUCCCCAUCUUCUUUGGCACGUCGCAGUCCACAGAAAAGAUGUACAUCCAAACCACCACGCUGACCAUCUCGGUAAGCCUGAGCGCUUCGGUGUCCCUGGGCCUGCUCUACAUGCCCAAAGUCUACGUGGUCCUGUUCCACCCUGAGCAGAACGUGCCCAAGCGCACACGCAGCCUCAAGGCUGUAGUCACCGCUGCUACCAUGUCCAAUAAAUUUAACCCCAAGGCCGGGCUCAGGCCCAACGGCGAAGCCAAGACGGAGCUGUGCGAAAGCUUGGAAACACAAAGUUUCUCAACAAAGCAGACUUAUAUCAGCUACAGCAACCACGCCAUCUAACGGAACCCUUCGAAUCAAGCCCAAGCCACCAUCUUUCAAAUUCGGGAUUUCCACCUGACUUGUCAGGAGUGUCAUUUUUCACACGGAUGGAAAUCACGGGGGCGUGUUUUUCUGAAAACGGCGACCGCAGGGAUGCAUUUGUGCGAGCAGAACAUUAGUGAGGUAUCAUCUUGUGUUGUAAAAAAACAAAACAUAUAUAUAUAUAUAUAAAAAAAAUACUGCAUGAAUGCUACCUGGAGACUGAAAGAUGCAAGUUUUUCUUUCGAUUCAUCCGAGCAGAAACUGACAGUGAACUCAAACGCCAAAAACGUGUCAGGGUGUUCUCGUCGUCAGAAUCUUCAACGCUGGAUAAUCGGCGUUAAAAACGCGGGGGGGGUUCCUGCUGCGUUUAUUCCAAUCAGUGAGUCAUCCGUGCGUCAAAUCUGCAUUCAGACUCCCCCGUCAAUUUUCCGAGUUCUAUUGGACCGAGUGUGUCGUGCAUGAUAGUUUUAACAUCACGUGUUGUGUUGUCGCUGUAUAAUCGGAAUGCGUUUUAACUCGGUCUUUCGGGGGUGCAUUCAAAAUGGUCUCGUGAGUGACUGUUUGUGUACGUAUCAUGAGGCCCCCAUUGAACGGAAAGGCUUGAGCCUCCGACCGCAAGCCCUCCACGCCCCACCGCCACUACCUGCAGCCAUUUCCCUCAGAGGGUGAAGAAGCCUCGCUGUACAGAUCCAUUAAGAGGAGGAAUUAAGAUGAAGUAUGCCCUUGAGAGUAGCCCGCCAUAUACCCCUGAAGGUGAUAUCCAUAUAUCCCUAAUGGAAAACCAUACUUAGAAAAUUCAUUAUAAAAAGGCUCUGUGUCCUCCGGUUUUAUAGGGUAAAAAAGAAGUUGUGAAUCUGUUUUUUUAACUUGGCCACUGAUGGCGCUAGACAUCCAAUCUAUUUCAAGUGGGAGGGCUAACCGUCCCACUUGAAAUAGAUUGGACGUCUACGAGCGAUAAACCCAUUUUAAUCCAUGUUUAUUAAAUUUCUUGUCUUUAUUUUUUUAACUACAGUGGUAUGAAAAAGUAUCUGAACCUUUUGGAAUUUCUCACCUUUCUGGAUACAACACCAUCAAAUGUGAUCUGAUCUUUGUCAAAAUCACACAGAUGAAAAAACAAUGUCUCCUUUAACUAAAACCACCCAAACAUUUAUCGGUUUUCAAAUUUUAAUGGGAUAGUAUGCAAACAAUGACUGAAGGGGGAAAAAUGAAUAAGUGAACCACCACAUUUAAUAAUUUGUGCCCCCCCCUACACACACACACACAGAUCUUUGGCAGCAAAAGCUUCAACCAGAUGCUUCCAGUAGCUGCAGAUCAGUCUGGCACAUCGAUCUGGACUAAUCUUUGCUCAUUCUUUUCUGCAAAACGGCUGUACUUCAGUCAGCUUCCUGGAAUUUCUCGCAUGAAUCGCUGUCUUUAGGUCAGGGAUCUCCAAACCGGUCCUCAAGGGCCGCUGUGGGUCCUGGUUUUGUUCCAACCGAUCGAGUACCGACAGUUUAACCAAUGAAGCUUCUGCUAAAACAUCAGCACCUGACUGCAGUCAACUGAUUGCACUUGUAAGAAACCAGAUUGGUGCAUAGGUGUUGUCUUGUUUUGUUGGAAUGAAAUCCUGCACCCACUGCGGCCCUAUGUGGAAUAGUUUGGAGACCACUGCUUAAGGUCAUGCCACAGCAUCUCAAUGGGGUUCAAGUCUGGACUUGGCCACUCCAAAACGUGUAUUUUGUUCUUCUGAAACCAUUCUGAAGUUUGAUUUACUUCUGUGUUUUGGAUCAGUCUUGUUGCAGCAUCCAUCAUCUUUUUAGCUUCAAGUGUCUGACAGAUGGCCUCAGAUUUUCCUGCAAAACAUCCUGGUAAACUUUUGAAUUCAUUCUUACAUUAAUGAUUGCAAGUUGUCCAGGCCCUGAGGAAGCAAAACUGCCCCAAAUCAUGAUGUUCCCUCCACCAUGCUUCACGUUGGAGAUGAGAUGUUGAUGUUGGUGUGCUGUUCCAUUUUUCCUCCACACAUGACUGUGUUACUCCCAAACAAUUCAAUUUUGAUUGCAUCGAUCCACUAAAUAUUUUGCCAAAACUUCUGUGGAGUGUCCAAGUGCCUUUUUGCGAACAUUAGACAGCAGUGGCUUCCUCCAUGGAGUCCUCCCAUGAACACCUUUCUUGGCCAUAGUUUUACAUAUAGUUGAUGUGUGCACAGAUAUAUUGGACUGUGCCAGUGAUUUCUUUAAGUCUUUAGCAGACACUGUAAUAUUCUUUUUUUACCUGAGUAUUCUGCGCUGAACUCUUGGCGUCAUCUUUGGUAUCCGGCCACUCCUUGGGAGAGAAGCAACAGUGCUAAACUGUCUCCAUUUGUAGACAACUUCUCUGACUGUCGAUUGAUGAACAUCCUGACUUUGAGAGAUGGUUUUGUAUCCUUGCCCAGCUUUAUACAAAUCAACAAUCCUUGAUCGCAGGUCUUCAGACAGCUUUUUUGACCAAGCCAUGCGGCACAUCAGACAAUACUUCUCAUCAAGACAUUUAUUACCAGGGGUAUGUUUUAUAGUGGGCAAGGCAGCUUUAAACCACUCAUCAGUUAUUGGGCACACACCUGACUUAAAUUGUUUGAUAAAAUCUGGUUUCAAUUGCUCUUAAAAGUCUCCUUAGGCAGAGGAUUCACUUACUUAUUUUUUCCCCUUCUGUCAUUUUUUACAUGCUAUCCUCAUUCAAAUAUGAAAACCUAAAAAUGUUUGAGGGGUUUUAGUCAAAGCAGACUGUAUUUUCAUCUGUAUGAUUUUGACAAAGAUCAGAUCACAGUUGAUGAUUUUAUGCUGAAAUGUGAGAAAUACCAAAAGGUUCAGAUACUUUUUUCACAUCACUGUAAGUGGCUGCCAUUGAUGGCGCUAGAUGUCCAAUCCAUUUGAAGUUGAAGGUUUGGCAGCAAAUGAACGUACAAGCAUUCUCUGCCAAUCUCUGACUGCAAAUGGAUUGGACGUCUACUAGUGAUAACCUCAUUUCAAUCCGUGUAUUGGUUUUUUAACUCAUUGGCUGCCAUUGACGCCGUUGGACGUCCAAUCCAUUUGAAGUAGGCGAGUUGACAGCGAAUUAACGCUGAACAUAGUCACCUCCCAGUUCAAAUGGAAUGAAUGUCCACCCGUGAUACUGAUUUCAAUUCACAGAAAAAAUGAUGAAAAAUGCCAUAUAAUUGGACGUCUAGCACCGUCAACGGCACUAAGAGAGUUAAUAUACAUAGAUAUAUAUGAGAAAAUAUAUAUCAAUGAAGAGCUGAAUCAUGUGGUAUUAAAGCCGUCAGGUGUCUUGAGAGGGCGUUUUAUGUGUCGCUUUUUUUAAGCCUCGCUCGCUCCGCGGCUUUCGUUUCAGACGAUUCCAUUCAAUGUGAUUAUAUAGAUUGGUGAUGUCUGCUUUAUGUCCCCACAACAUAUUCGAAAAGAAGAAACAAAAUGUACAAAAAAAAAAAAAAAAAAAAGAUACAGUGCCUGGCUUAUCGGAUUAUGUAUUUGUUAAAAAAAAAAAAUCAGUGUGUGAAGCAUGUUUAUUUUUUUUAUACAAAAUUUUAUUUCU